AUGCAGCGUGUAUACGAGGCGCAGCAGCAGCAGCAGCAGCAGCUGCUGCUGCUGCUGCAGCAGCAGCAGCAACAGAUUGCUGCUGAGCAGCAGCAACAGCAGCAACAGCAGCAGCAGCAGCAGCAGCAGCAGCCCCCGUUGCAGCGAUCCUCGCCUCAAAAAGGAGGAGCAGCAGCAGCAGCGGGAGCUGCUGCUGCUGCUGCUGCUGCUGCUGCUGCUGCUGCUGCUUAUGUAAGAACGCUGUCUCUCUCUCUUAUUUUUAUAAGGCUUACCGAAAGGCAUACUGCAGCAGCAGCAAGUUGGCUGCUGCAGCAGCAGCAGCAAGAAGAGCAGCAGCAACAGGAACAGCAGCAGCGGGAGCAGCAACGGGAGCAGCAGCUGCUGCAGCAGGCGGUGGUGCGCUCCAACACAGCAGCGCCUGAAGCAGCAGCGGGAGCAGCAACGGGAGCAGCAGCUGCUGCAGCAGGCGGUGCAGCAAGCAGCGAGGCGCCUAGAAAGCAGCAGCAGCAGCAGCAGCAGCAGCAGCGGCAGCAGCAGCAGCAGCAGCGGCAGCAGCAGCAGCAGCAGCGGCAGCAGCAGCAGCAGCAGCAGCAGAUGCGGCAGGGAACGCAGCAGGAGGCCCUUGGGGGCCCUGGUGCUUCUGCUGCUCUUCAGGGUAAGCUGCCGCAGCUGAGUGCGCAGCAGCUGACGCAGCAGCACUUGCUGCAGCAGCAAGCGCUGCAGCAGCAGCUGCUGCUGCAGCGGCAGCAGCAGCAGCAGCAGCUCAUCGUGCAGCAGCACCACCAACGGCUGCAGCAGCAGCAAGCUAUACACCGGCAGCAGCAGCUGAUCCUCGCUCAGGCUCAGGGGCACCCAUCAGCACAAGCUGCUGCGCUGCUGGCGCUGCAGCAGCAGCAGCAGCAGCAGCAGGCGGUAUCUACAGCAGCAGCGUUUGCUGCUGCUAGUUUGGGGGGAGGAAAUGGUGCAGCAGCAGCAGCAGCUGCUGCUGCUGCAGCACGAGCUCGUGCUGCUGUUGACACCGCCAUGCAGCAGCAGCUGCAGGAGCAGCUGGUGCGGCUGCAGCAGCAGCGGGACCAGCAGCUGCUGGAGCAGCAGCAGCAGCAGAUGCUGCAGCAGCAUCGGCAGCAGCAGCAGCACGCACAAACGGCAGACGCUUGGCGCCUCUUCGCAGGUGCAGGAGGGAGGGCCGCAGCUCUGAGCUUCGCGGCCCAUCAGCAGACAGCAGCUGCGCAGCAGCAGCAAGCAGCAGCAGCAGCAGCUGCUGCUGCAGCAAUGGGUGAUGCUGCAGCAGCCAAGGUUCCGGGGCCAGCAGCAGCAGCUGCUGCAGCAGCAGCAGCAGCAGCAGCAAAUAGGCUCAGGAGACGGCAGCAGCAGCAGCAGCAGCUGCUGCUGCUGCUGCUGCUACAGCAGCACCAGCUGCACGCGAACCUGUUGCAGCUUGUGCUGCUCCUGUUGCGGCCCCAUCAGCAGCAGCAGCAGCAGCAGCAGCAGCAGCAGCAGCAGGAUCAGCAGCAGGAGGUGUGGGUCCAGCUACCGCGCCUGCUGCAGCAGCACAACGAGCGCCGGGUGCUGCCGCUGCAGCAGCAGCAGCAGCAAACGCAGCCAUGGCGGCAGCAGCAGCAGCAGCACCGACAGCAGCAGCACCAGCAGUGCCUGCUACCUCGACAACAGCACCAGCAGCAGCAGCAGCAGCAGCUGCUGCUGCAGCAGCAGCAGCAGCAGCUGCAACACCGGGUCUAG